AUGACAUCCCCUGUAAGCCUGCUCGAUUGCUGCUAUCAGCGCCUGAUCACGUCGAGAUUUUUCGUUGACGGUUGGGGAAGACCCCAAGACUUGCUCAGGUUGAUGCUGUUCCGUCGGAAAAUGUGUGACAGGACGAAGUUUCAGGCGGCUCUGGACCAAAAUUAUCCGAUAUACAUCGACAAGGUAGCCUCCGGUAGACAAUUUCGUGUGGUCGAUGGACACUUCGUCUCGCCUUUCGCUGACCAUUUUCCUGACCUAGUCACUCCACCGGUUAGUUUAGUGCAAUUUCAGAUGGUACUGCCGACCAAAUGGAACUCGGACCGCAGACGACCAAUGUGUAUUCACUUCGCGGGAACCGAUAUCUUCUUUUCAAUGGUCGAGUAUUUUCGCAGGAGAUCCAGCCUUCGAAAGGUGAUCGAUCUGUUCAUUAUGGGUGGCUGUUUGAUGUUCGAAGGUGUAGCAUUGCUCAACUGGCUCGCAAGAGCUGGCUUUGGACCUUUAGCGUUGACUGGCAUUUCAAUGGGAGGCCAUAUGGCUUCGCUUGUUGCUGCGACUUAUCCGAAAGCGGUCGCUUUGAUUCCGUGUCUUUCUUGGAGCACUGCCUCGUCUGUAUUUACACAGGUAUUUAGCCCUUUGUUUCUGCAUCCCUCCGAAUGACA